GGAGAUUUUCCUCACUCUUGACUGAAGACUAAAAGGGCCUCUCUCUUUCUCUCUCUCAUAGCUUCUUCCUCUUUAACAAUAACAAUUAACAAUGGUUUCAUUUUUCUAUUCUUGUACUAAUUCAACCCCUUUUCUCUUCUUAUUCCUCCUCCUUCUCCUUUAUCCUUUUUGGGGUUUUCUUGGUUUUCAAAUUUUCUAAAGGAAAAGUUAGUUAUAAAGUGAGAAUCUUGAUAUUUGUUUUAAUAUGGGGAUUUGCUAUGGUAAACCUGUAAAGCUUGCUCAUGCAUCUUCUAGCUUGCUGUCUGAUUCUAGAACAGGCCCUGGAAGUGAGAGAAAGGAAUACAAUCGUCCUUGUAAGCAGACACUUGAGGGCAGUUUAGGACAUGCUCUCAAGUCUUGCAAAAGUGAUCUAUCUGCCGUCAGCCAUCUCAAGUCCUUUACCUUCAAUGACCUCAAGAAUGCAACUAGGAACUUUCGAGCUGAUAGUCUUCUUGGUGAGGGAGGAUUUGGAUAUGUCUUCAAAGGAUGGCUAGAUGAAAAUACGCUUACGCCCUGCAAACCAGGGACAGGGAUGGUAGUGGCCGUCAAGAAACUUAAGCCAGAAAGCUUUCAGGGGCACAGAGAAUGGCUUGCAGAGGUUAACUACUUAGGGCAGCUUCGUCACGAAAAUCUUGUGAGGCUGAUUGGAUAUUGUGUAGAAUGUGAUAACAGGCUUCUUGUUUACGAGUAUAUGACCAAAGGAAGCUUGGAAAAUCAUCUAUUCAGAAAAGGAGUUCAGCUUAUGACUUGGAGUAAACGGAUGCGCGUUGCAGUAGAUGUUGCACGAGGACUGGCCUUCUUGCACAGUCUGGAUGCUAAUGUCAUCUAUCGGGACCUCAAGGCAUCAAACAUUCUACUUGAUUCGGAGUUUAAUGCGAAACUGUCAGAUUUUGGCCUCGCAAGGGAUGGUCCUGAUGGAGAUAGAACUCAUGUUUCAACCAGGGUCAUAGGAACUCGGGGUUAUGCUGCACCAGAAUAUGUCGCAACAGGUCAUUUGACUCCAAAGAACGAUGUUUAUAGUUUUGGGGUUGUUCUAUUGGAGCUGCUAUCAGGAAAACGAGCUACAGGCGAGGAAAACCCUGGAGGCGCUGAGGAAACAUUGGUAGAAUGGGCGAUACCUUUCCUAAGCGAUAGCAGACGAGUACUGAGAAUCAUGGAUACAAGGUUCGGAGGGCAGUACUCGAAGAAAGGUGCACAAGCUGCAGCAGCACUCGCCUUACGGUGCCUCCAUGUAGAUCCAAAACUUAGACCAAUAAUGGAUGAGGUAUUAUUAGCUACACUAGAGCUUUUGCCAACACCAAAAGAUAUUCCUAGGAUUUCACCACUACAGGCAAAUAAUGCAGCAAAUAACAAGAUAAGUCAUCAUCAAAAGAGAGUUGUCACACAUUCAAGAUAACUGUACCAACGCAUUCUACAUAUAUAUUUUAAGGAAGAUAUGUGGUAUUUUUCUUCUUUAUUUGUUUGUUGUUUCCCUUGUUUGAUGAGGAAGAAAUAUAUCACUAUAGUGCUCGAGUGUAAUAUGUAAAAUGUAUAUAUUUAGAAUGUAUAUUUAUAGUACUCUUUGUUUCUGAA